GUUUACAUAUUACACUGGCUAUGAUUUGCUCAUCUGUGUGUUUGGUCUUUGGGUUGGAAGUUGAUAUUUGCACAAAAUGUGGAGGUGGUGUAAAAAGUACAUUUGCGGUUGUGCUACCCUUUUAGCAUUCGAGAAUCGUUGUCAUUUAGAUUGUGCCUUCCCACGACCCGUCUAAAGAUUUACGUGGCAAAAGCACCGAAGUAGCUGAGCUAAGACCCGUCCCAACAACUCUCCGCCUAUGCUGCCAACACCGCCACCCUAUUAUAAUUUAACCUAUCGAAUGGGCUGGACUGAAGCCUUGAUGAAGAAUUUAUCAUUACUCUGACACAGAAAAAUGAUGCCUACGGCUUUAGAACUGUUCAUUCUGCUGGCUUUCUGCUGUGUCACAGCUUCGGGCUACUUUGUUAGCAUAGAUGCUCACGCUGAUGAGUGUUUCUAUGAACGAGUGAACUCGGGUACCAAGAUGAGCCUCAUGUUCGAAGUUGCAGAGGGAGGAUUUCUGGAUGUUGAUGUUGAGAUUACCGGACCUGAUGGGAAGCAGAUCUAUAAAGGCGACCGGGAGUCCAGUGGGAAGUACUCUGUUGCGGCACACAUGGAUGGCACAUACAAAUUCUGCUUCAGUAACAAGAUGUCCACCAUGACUCCUAAGAUUGUAAUGUUCACUAUUGACAUUGGCGAGGCUCCAAAAGGCCAAGACAUGGAGACUGAAGGUGCAGGAGAUAGCUGGGAUGCCCAUUCAAACAAGCUGGAGGAGAUGAUUAAUGAGUUGGCCGUUUCUAUGACGGCAGUCAAGCACGAACAGGAGUACAUGGAGGUCCGCGAAAGGAUCCACAGAGCGAUUAAUGACAACACCAAUAGUCGAGUGGUGCUCUGGUCUUUCUUCGAGGCUCUUGUGUUAGUCGCCAUGACACUGGGACAAAUUUACUAUCUGAAGAGGUUUUUUGAAGUGCGACGAGUGGUAUAAAACACAGCUACUUCGAACCUAUGAACCCGCUGGUCAAGACCUCAGCUUCCGGAUACAAGUCGGUCUUGUGGAUAUUCCCAAACAUCUUUUUGAGUAUAUUUUGAACUACCACAAACAUGUUUCUCUCCACACAAUCCAUUUAGCUGAUGCCAUCAUUCAUUUCUGUUGUCUGUCUUAAAAUGAGCACGGCCCCUGUUUAUCUCCAUAUUAAUAAAGGGUGCUUGUAAUUUAUUUCUGUAAGUGUGUGAUUAUCAUAAGUCACAGGCGCUGUGCCGGGUUUAUGAGGGGUGGUGACUGCUGCUGGGAAUAUGUAACUGUCAGAACUAGGUUAAUGUAUAAUGUACUUGCCUGUAUAGCUCAGAGCGUUAUUUAGACUGAUUAGUUUGAAUAAGUACCCAGUUAUGAAGGAAAAAUAUUCAGAAUGUAUUUGUAAAUGAAUGAACUGUCUAUUUAGGAGUGCAUCAUAUGUUCCACAGAAUAUGUCCUGCUGUUACAUCUUUCCUGCUUUGGGCUUUUAUGGUGUAGAUUUUUAAUCCACGAAGUAUUUGAGGCACAUAUAAGGUCAAAUAUUUAUGUACAUGUGUGUGGGAACAUUUUCUGUUCCCUGUUUAUUACUGGUGACUUGCUGUCACUAAAAUGUUUGAAUGAGAGGUGUGAUGUAUAAUUUGGUGUUAAACUGUACCUUUUGCCAGAAUCAAUUGGGGGUGUUAAUUUAUGUAUUUUUGUAAUUCGAAUUUUCUGUCAGUUCAGAUACUCUUAACUAAGGCCACUGCACUGCUACGCUGUAUCAGUGAUGUAUUUUGUCACGUAACUGAAAUGUCAUGCAGGUGUGAAUGGCUUGAACUGUACAAAUGUAAAGUAAAAUGCUUAUGUUUAUGAAAUAUGAUUGAUUUAAUAAAAGACGAAUAGGACCUUAAAA